UAUUAAAGCCCCGCCUAUUGCCGGGGCCUGUAGACUCUCCCUUUUCAUAGAUACUGUGCGGCUGAAGACAGGUCUCAGGACAGAAACCAUCGGAAACGCCCCGACAAUGGAGUGGAAAGCAAUGGAAAUCAACCCUGAGAUGCUGAACAAAUGUUUGUCACGUCUGGGUGUGGCAUCGAACUGGAAGUUCGUGGAUGUUCUCGGUCUAGAAAAUGAAUCCCUCUCCAUGGUGCCAUCGCCAGUGUGUGCUUUAAUGUUGCUGUUCCCUCUAAGUCAACAGCAUGAAUCCCACAGGGAGCGUCAAACGUCAGAACUGAGUGGAAAGGGCAUUGACUCUAAAAUCUACUUCUUAAGGCAGACUAUUUCAAAUUCCUGUGGAACUGUUGGGCUUAUCAACACUAUUGCCAACAAUCAAGAUAAACUUGACUUUGUGGAAGGCUCUGUGUUGAAGAAGUUUCUGAAUGAGACCAUAGAUCUCUCAGCAGAGGAAAGAGCCAAGCAAUUGGAAAAAAAUGAGGAAAUUCAUGCAGCACAUAAUGCUACUGCAGAGGAGGGAGAGUGCCGGGUGCAUGAAGAUGGUACAAACUUCCAUUUUAUCACCUUUGUUGGUGUGGAUGGACACCUCUAUGAACUAGAUGGGAGAAUGCCAUUCCCUCUUGACCAAGGAGAAACAUCAAAUGAUGAACUAUUACAGGACUCAGCAAAGAUCUGCAGACAGUUUAUGGAACGUGAUCAAGGAGAAGUUCGCUUCACUGCUGUGGCCCUUUGCAAAGCCUCUUGAAUAUGGCAAAAAUCAACAUCCCAAUGCACAAAACCACAGAUUAAUGUGCUGUUUUUCAGCUUCAAAUGCUUUGCUUAAAUAAUUGUUGGGGCACCAAAAAGGCACUUGAUGUUUUAAUGGAUGGAAUUUCUGCACUAAACUUUGUAGCAACAUCCUUGUGCUGUCUUGGAUAGUAGACCAGUAUUUGCUUUAGAAUACAAGUUGCCAUCUUAAACUUGUUCCAUAAAUGUCCAUCUUGUUACACUGCAACCCAGAUCACAGCAUUGUGCUAAUUGAAGACUGGUUGCAGUGAUUUGUGGAAAAUUUGUUUAUUCCACACUGCCUAUAUUUACAGCUAUACCUGUAAUGUUGGCUGUAAAUAACUAAUAAAAUUACUGGUGAAGCAA